CUUCCAUACCACCCCGCUCCCAGCACCUUACUUGACGGUACGCAGCUCGCCAUGCUGCGCUCCUCUAUUGUGCAGAGCCGCCGGUUGUUGUCGCUUCCUGUUCGCCAACGAACAGGAGCGCAAUGGCUUUCCAGAGCCGGUGUGAGCCGCCAGUUCCCAAGCCAGAGGUUCUUUGCUGAUUCCAAGUCUUCUUCUUCCGACUCUACGUCCCCGGUUUCUCCCUCUUCCCAAUCGCCUGUUCCCCCGGAGACUGCCCCCAAGCCCACACCCUCACCCAGCAAUGAAGGCUCUGCACCCUCCACUCCGCCUCAAACCCGUGUUCGGAAGGCAGGGCGUUUCCGCCGUUUUUUGUUUUAUCUGAUCUUUGGAACGGCAUUCGCCUACGGCGGUGGUACUUUCCUGGCUCUAAAAUCGGAUACUUUCCAUGAUUUAUUCACCGAGUAUAUCCCAUAUGGCGAAGAGUCUGUUCUGUAUUUUGAAGAACGCGACUUCUACCGUCGCUUCCCUAAUGCGUCGCGGACCGAACGCCAAGUAUUGUCCAAGGGCGAGCAAGUCACGAUUCCCGGCAAGGGUGGCAUUUCUUGGAAUAUCGCUAAAGAAGAGGAGCCUGGAAGUGACCUGUCUAAGAAAGGACCACAUAUGAGCGCUAUCAAGGAAGCCGACGAAGAUAAAGCUAAUGUGGGAGAAGUAAAGGGUGCCCGAGCCACGCCGGAGCAGAAGACGGCUGCUGUUAAGAAGGCUAAGGAAGACAAGGCUAUCAAGGAACAGGAGAAAGCCGAGAAAUUAUCAGCCAAGGAGGAACCAAAGGAAGAGUCCAAGAAACCUGCCGGUGCCUUGUUGUCUACCAUCGAACUGGCACAGGUUUCCGAGAGAGACGAACCUAUUGUACAGGAGUUGGUCAAGGUUUUUAAUGACCUCAUCACCGUUGUAAGCGCUGAUGACAAGGCUGGUGACUACUCUGCACCCAUCGCCAGCGUCAAGGAGGAACUGUCCAAGAUCGGAGAGAAGAUUGCUGCCAUCCGGAGUGAAGCACUGAAUGCCGCUCAAGAAGAAAUCCGAAACGCUCAUAGUACUUUCGACGAAUCAGCCCGCGAGCUCAUCCGUCGUUUCGAGGAGGUCCGUGCCACAGAUGCUGCUCAGUACAGAGAGGAGUAUGAGGCAGAACGUGAGAAGCUGGUUCGUGCUUACCAGGAAAAGGUCAGCACUGAGCUGAAGAGAGCCGAAGAAUUGGCUGAACAGCGUCUACGGAAUGAGCUUGUUGAACAAGCCAUUGAGCUGGAUCGCAAAUACAUCCACAGCGUACAAGACCUGGUUGAGAAGGAACGAGAGGGACGUCUCAGCAAGCUGAAUGAGCUGGAGGCCGAUGUUAGUGAGCUUGAGAAGUUGCUGGCAGCUUGGCAAGACGUCAUCAACACCAACCUGAAGACUCAACAGCUCCAGGUUGCUGUUGAUGCUGUCCGCACCGUUCUCGAGGACUCGGACCUGCCAAGGCCAUUCAUCCGUGAACUGGUUGCGGUGAAGGAGCUGGCUACCGAGGAUGCAGUCGUUGAGGCCGCUGUUGCCUCGAUCAACCCUGCCGCCUAUCAGCGGGGCAUUCCUUCGACAGCCCAGCUCAUUGAUCGUUUCCGUCGAGUUGCCACUGAGGUUCGUAAGGCCAGCCUCUUACCUGAAAACGCAGGUAUUGCCAGCCAUGCCGCCAGUGUCGUUCUAAGCAAGGUGAUGUUCAAGAAGGAUGGUCUUGCUCCCGGCGACCAUGUCGAGGGUGUUCUGACCCGGACUGAGAGCCUCCUGGAAGAAGGCAAUCUGGACGCUGCUGCCCGUGAGAUGAACACUCUCCAGGGUUGGGCAAAGAUCCUGAGCAAGGAUUGGCUGGGAGAUGUGCGCAAGGUACUUGAAGUAAAACAGGCUCUCGAGGUCAUCGAGACUGAGGCACGGCUCCAGUGCUUGAGAGUUGAGUAGGUUGUUUGGACCUUUCGUGGCUUUCUUGUCUUCUUUCCUGUCGUAAAUUUCUCUGCAUAUACAAGGAUUGUACCUCUAGUUGUAGUUCUGCGUUGCUAGACCCAAUGCCAGCUUGUCCUUGUCCAUAA